GGACGCUCGCGCCUCCUGAGCUUCCGUCGGCUGUCAGCGGCUGAGUCGAGUCACGUGACGCCGCUGCUGAGCGCGCGGAUCCGGGGAAGGUUCUGAGCCCGGGGUCCAGCUGCAGGUGAUUGACAGGUGAUUGACAGGCGGCCGAGGAUGGCUGCGAUUGUCACGGAGACUCCGAGCAUAAAGCGAGCUGUGGUCCUGAUUAAUGGCAUCGACACUGGCAAAUUUCCGCGGCUAUUGUCUCGCAUCCUUCAGAAGCUUCAUUUAAAGGAUGAACGUUCAUUUAGCGAGGAAGAGGAAGAAAAACUUCAAGUUGCGCUUUCUUUGGAAAAGCAAGAUCUACAUCUCGUGCUGGAAACCGUAUCUUUUAUCUUGGAACAGGCAGCCUAUUACAACAUGAAACCCACUAUUCUCCAUCAACAAUUAGAAAACAUCCAUUUAAGCCAAGAGAAGUCCGAGGCGUUUACUCAGGCCUGGGCAAGUACAGGCCAAGAAACGGUGGAAAAGUUCCGCCAUAGAACAUUUGCUCCCAAAAAGCUUGAGACAAUUGGCUGGCAGCUCAACCUUGAAAUGGCUCAGUCGAUGCAAGCCAAACUGAAGUCUCCUCAUGCCAUUCUUGAGCUAGGAGUUAAUAGUGAAGACUCUGAGAAUACAGAAAAGGUUUUUGUGGAAUUCAACCAUGAAGAACUGUUUGAGUUUUACAAUAAGUUGGAAACCAUACAGUCCCAGCUGGACGCUCUAACAUGAGCAAGGAGUACAGACCCUUCGACAAGACCCUCACCAGCCUUAGGUUUGUUUAAAAUUGAGCAUUUGCACAAGUGGUUGCAGAAAUGGGAAGACCUGCCUCCAUGGAGCAAGCACUGCAAGCUAAUGGCUCUAAAGUUACCAUUUCUCAAUGCUUUUGCAAAACAUUUGUUCUUAACCAUUGCAAAUUGUUGCUUACAUCUAAAAUUCACCUCAGUUUGAACGCUGCUUGACUAAAAGGUGUUCUCUAUUCAUUCAAGAUUGUUGCCCUCAGCUAACAAUGCCUCAAUGUUUCACCCGAUAUUUGAUUUAUGCAGUGUUAGAUUGAAGAAAAAUAAAUGUAUUUUUUUUAUGAAAGAAAUUUAAAAUGUGGAGCAUUACUGAAGGAAGGCUUGAAUAGGGUUUUCACAUAAUAUUGUCUUGUGAAUUUGGGGACAGCUGGAAAAUUGAUAGACUUGACCUUCAAUCUCCUUGUUCUGUCUUUUAGCUAAUCUGCCCUUCGGCUGAACAGAACACAUAUAUGCAUCUAUUAUUAAUACAUUUCACACAGUUAACAUACUCAAUACAUUGAAUAAACUAUAUCUUGAAUGUUGCAGAAUAUGACUACAAUUUUGUAGUCUCCCAUUUGCCAGAUUUCUUUUUAAAAAGGCUUUCUACAAGGCCAGAAAUUAUGUGUAUGUAUUGUUUAAAUAUGGUUUAUGAGGAAUUGUACAAUUAUGAUUUAUAUUGAUUGCUGAACUCAGAGGUCAGGAUAAAUGUUAAUGAGCUUUAAAUUUAACUACAGUAGCAUUGAAAACAGAGCUCCUGUCUAACUUGCAGAGGCAUAAAUAAAUGUAUAAA